AUGGGGGAGCCAGGUGCCCCAGAUUGGACUGCCGCCGAUACCUUACAUGUGUUCAUGCGAUUGCGAUGCGAGCCUGAGGAUAUACCUGAAGAUGUGUUAAAUCCUUUCGGCAAAGGGCCUUAUCUCUCGCUUGAAGAGGAGUUACGCCUCAUAAAUAAACAAGUCGAGGAUAGCGAGGGUUUCGACAUCAAUUUCAAGGAGUUCCGAGACAUUUAUAAUUACCAACCAGUUGAUUUCGAUGAUACCGAAUACGUCAUGCCACCAGAGACCCAUGGAGACUUAAUGUACAGGCUCUCUCGUGAUUCCCUUGAGAUAUACAAUGAAAGGAAGGGUACACGUUUCGAGCUUGUCAAGGUUAUCAAAGCCAAUUAUCACGAAACUGGUAUUCCUGCCACAAUGUAUUUCAUUACCUUUCAAGGUAAAGAUCCUUCCGAUGACGAUGAGCCAAAAGACUUCCGAGCAAAAGUCUGCCAUUUCUCUUAUUCCCCAAACAAGUACCACUCCUGCGAGCUCAAACCUGAGAAAAAUGUUCACUUCAUUGAAACUGAGGAGCAAGAAUAUGCCAAGAAACGCAGGUUGGCAGAGGAGCUGUCUAAUGCUGGAAAGUGA